GGGCGGCGCUGCUCCCCCUCCCUGGCCGGCCGCGGCGGGGACGCGCUGGCACGCGGGUCCAGGUCCCCGCCGUCGCCCGCAGGUCUGUUUGGAAGCUCUGCUACUGAACCAUGCUGGCCCCCAACGGGCCUGCUGCAAGUCCAGCUCACGGAGGCAGGUGGCCAUGAGUAGCCGCAGCCACAAUGGCAGCGUGGGGCGGCCUCUGGGCAGUGGGCCUGGAUUCCUUCGCUGGGAGCCUGUGGACCCUGAGGCAGGCCGCCCCACACAGCCCACCCAAGGCCCAGGCCUGCAGAUGGUGGUCAAGGGUCAGCCUACCGGGCUGUCACCCGGUGGUCCCAGGGGCUACCCCCAGGAGCAGGAGGAAGAAGAGGAAGAGGAAGAGGAGGACAGGACAGGCUCUGGGAAGCCCCCAACGGUCAGCCACCGCCUGGGCCACCGUAGGGCCCUCUUUGAGAAACGUAAAAGACUCAGUGACUACGCGCUCAUCUUUGGCAUGUUUGGGAUUGUCGUCAUGGUGACAGAAACAGAGCUGUCCUGGGGUGUGUACACCAAGGAGUCUCUGUGGUCGUUUGCCCUGAAAUGUCUCAUCAGCCUGUCCACUGUCAUCUUGCUUGGCCUUGUCAUCCUUUACCACGCCCGCGAGAUCCAGCUGUUCUUGGUGGACAAUGGUGCCGAUGACUGGCGUAUCGCCAUGACGUGGGAGCGCGUGUCCUUGAUCUCGCUGGAGCUGGCUGUGUGUGCCAUACACCCGGUGCCCGGCCACUACCGCUUCACGUGGACGGCGCGGCUGGCCUUCUCGCUGGUGCCGUCGGCAGCCGAGGCGGAUCUGGAUGUGCUUCUCUCCAUCCCCAUGUUCCUGCGCCUCUACCUGCUGGCCCGGGUCAUGCUUCUGCAUAGCCGCAUCUUCACCGACGCGUCCAGCCGCAGCAUCGGGGCCCUUAACCGCGUUACCUUCAACACGCGAUUCGUCACCAAGACGCUCAUGACUAUCUGCCCUGGCACUGUGCUGUUGGUCUUCAGCAUCUCCUCCUGGAUUGUUGCUGCGUGGACAGUGCGUGUGUGCGAGAGGUACCAUGACAAGCAGGAGGUGACCAGCAACUUCCUGGGAGCCAUGUGGCUUGUCUCCAUUACCUUCCUGUCCAUCGGCUACGGAGACAUGGUGCCGCACACCUACUGUGGGAAGGGGGUGUGUCUGCUCACUGGCAUCAUGGGAGCAGGCUGCACUGCACUGGUGGUGGCCGUCGUGGCCCGGAAGUUGGAACUCACCAAGGCUGAGAAACAUGUGCACAACUUCAUGAUGGAUACACAGCUCACCAAGCGGGUAAAAAACGCUGCUGCAAACGUUCUCAGGGAGACAUGGCUCAUCUACAAACACACCAGGCUAGUGAAGAAGCCAGACCAAGGCCGGGUUCGGAAACACCAGCGUAAGUUCCUUCAGGCCAUCCAUCAGGCUCAGAAGCUCCGGAGUGUGAAGAUUGAACAAGGGAAGGUGAAUGAUCAGGCCAACACGCUGGCUGAACUGGCCAAGGCACAGAGCAUCGCAUACGAGGUGGUGUCAGAGCUGCAGGCCCAGCAGGAAGAGUUGGAGGCGCGCCUGGCCGCCCUGGAGAGCCGCCUGGAUGUCCUGGGCGCCUCCCUGCAGGCCCUACCAGGCCUCAUAGCCCAAGCCAUAUGCCCUCUACCACCGCCCUGGCCUGGGCCUGGUCACCUGGCCACAGCCAUGCAGAGCCCACGAAGCCACUGGCUGCCCACCAUAGGAUCAGACUGUGGGUGAUGGACCACUGGUCACUAGACUGCUUGGUCUCAGCCAUCGGGGGGCCACAGCUAACUCCUCAUCGUUCUGGACCUUCUGGACUACUGCAUUUACAGGCUUGGGUGGAACUGAGCCGACUGGACUGGCACUCAUUCCUCUGAGGAGGGACUACAGGAUCCAUGCCCCCUUAGUUGUCCCAAGCCCCAGAAGGGCAGGAAGUAGUGGCAGAGGCCCUCAACAUUUCUAAGUAAAUCAGGGGCCUUUGGCCCACUUCCUGUUUAAACGGCAGGAGGCACGAGCAUCUCCCCAGAGGAGGUGGAUGACCCGCCUGAGGAUUCCUGAAUGAGCAGGAAAAGGGUGGAAUGUCCUGCACAGGCACUGAGUACCUGCUGUAUACAGGGACUGAUACAAUGACUUCUCCUCAGGCUCUAUAUGACUGGAGUAAGAUACAAACAAAUGAAAGUUCAGAGAGGUGAGGCCACUUGCCUGCAGCCACACAGCGAUGAUCUGAGGUAAACACACUUGUCAAACAGCA